UUGCCCUAGUAAUCCCAUUUUUAAUACUGAUCCCUGACCUUUGACCUGAGAAUGCCUUCUCGAAGCAUCUCCUUUCACACCGUCAAUAGCAAACUUUGGAAACUAUAAUUGUCCCUGUGGGAAGAUCCGCCCAGGGUGCUCAGUGGCCACCUGGGAGCCUUCACUUCUUUUUUUUUUUUUUAAUUUAUUUAUUUUUUAUUGAUUAUGCCAUUACAGUUGUUCUAUUCCCCCCUUCAUUCCCCUCCACCCUACCCCCCGUCCCCACCAUUACCCCCCCUUUAGUUUAUGACCAUGUGUCUCAGGUUCUUUAGAUUCUAUAUUUCCCAUACUAUUCUUGCCCCCCCCACCUAUUUUCUAUCUACCGUCUAUGCUACUUAUUUUCUGUACCUUCUCCCCCCUUCUCCUCCUCCCACUCCCCUGUUGCUAACCCUCCUUGAGAUCUUCAUCUCUAUGUUUCCACUCCUGAUCUAGCUGUCCUUUUAGUUUGCUUUUGUUUUAGGUGUGGUUGUUAAUAACUGUGAGUUUGCUGUCCUUUCACUGUUCAUUUUUUUAACUUCUUUUUCUUAGGUAAGUCCUUUUAACAUUUCAUAUAAUAAGGGCUUGGUGAUGAUGAACUCCUUGAAUUUGAUCUUAUCUGAGAAGCACUUUAUCUGCCCUUCCAUUCUAAAUGAAAGUUUUGCUGGAUAGAGCAAUCUUGGUUGUAGGUCUUUGGAUUUCAUGACUUGGAAUACCUCUUUCCAGCCCCUUCUUGCCUGUAAGGUCUCUUUUGAGAAAUCAGCUGACAGUCUGAUGGGAACUCCUUUGUAGGUGACUGUCCCCUUAUCUCUUGCUGCUUCUAGGAUUCUCUCCUUCAUUUUAAUCUUGGCUAAUGUAAUUAUGAUGUGCCUUGGUGUGCUUCUUCUUGGGUCCAACUUCUUUGGGACUCUCUGAGCUUCCUGGAUUUCCUGGCAGUCUAUUUCCUUUGCUAGAUUGGGGAAAUUCUCCUUUAUUACUUGUUUAAAUAAGUUUUCCACUGGUGGCUGUUCCUUCUGGUACCCCUAUAAUUCGGAUGUUGGCGCGUUUAAAGAUGUCCUGGAGGUUCCUAAACCUCUCCUCAUUUUUUUGAAUUCUUGCUUCUUCAUCCUUUUCUGUUUGGCCAUUAUUUGCUUUCUUCUGGUCCACUCCAUUGAUUUGAGUCCCAGUUUCCUUUUCAUUGCUAUUGGUUUCCUGUGCAAUUCCAUUCAUUUCAAUUAGUUUCGCCUUCAUAUAUUUGUCUAAUUUGUGGCUAUAAUCAACCAGAUCUGUGAGGAUCCUGAUCACCAGUGUUUUAAACUGUGCAUCUGAGAGUUUUGCUAUUUCUUCAUCGCUUAGAUUUAUAGGCUCUGGGGCUUUGAGAUCUUCUUGAGCCAUUUUUGGUCUAUUCUCGGCCAUUAAGUAGGAGGAGCGGAGCCUUGGACUCCCAGGUCGCUGGGUUGUGACGCUGCAUGUGGGGGCGUGGUCAGAGCGGGGAAAUGGCACCCCCCUCUGCUGUUUCUCCCUGCUGAGCAGAGCCUUAGGCGGUUCCCCAUGCCCGGGCCACACAGGUCGCUGGGUUAUGACGCUGUAUGUGGAGGUGGGGUCAGAGUGGGGAAAAUGGCGGCGCCCUCCGCUGCAGCUCGCCACUGGGGCCUGCUGGGACCCAUCCAAUCGCCCACUCCCUCGCUUGUCUAUCUGCGCACGAAUGCGCGACCACAGUCAAAUCUCGGCCCUGCUCCCUGGCUGUUUCCCGUGGUCGCUCGCUCGGUCGCUCACUAGGUCCAACCCUGCGCCUGGGUUCCGCGUGCCCGAAUCCGUCUGACCGAGUUUUCCUGUGCAUUCCCGCUCCUCCAGCUGCUGGUUUCGCUCCUCUUACCGAUCAGGCUGAAGAAUUUGUUGUUAUGAGACUUCCAAAAAGUUCAAUUUUCUGUAUUCUGGCUGUGUUUUCUGUUGCUGAUAUUUAGUUGUCUCCAAACUUGGUUGUGUGAGAAAGCACAGUGUCUCCACCUGUGCCUCCAUCUUGGCAGAAGUCCUCCGAGCCUUCACUUCUUGACUGCAAAGUUUUGCCCUGCCUCUGACCAGCAAUGGAGAGAGGGCGUGCCCAGCAGUGGCCUCAUCCCUGCCUUGACCGGAGAGCUGAGUGGGGAGAUUGGCCAGGGACCUCCGGAGGGAUCAGCCUUGAGGUGGAGACACAACAAGGGGCGGGGAGCUCUGCAGGCAUGGGCAGGACAGAGUAGGUGAUAUCUUGUCCAGAGACAGAGCCUGACACUCCCUGAGCCUCUCCCACGCCCCUGUCCCCAUGGACCGCACCGUGGUGCUCAUCACCGGCUGCUCCUCCGGCAUCGGCCUGCACCUGGCCCUGCGUCUGGCGUCAGACCCAUCUCAGAGCUUCAAAGUGUAUGCCACUUUCCGGGACCUGAGCACGCAGGGCCCACUGUGGGAGGCGGCUGAGUCCCAAGGGUGUCCUCCAGGCUCCCUGGAGACAUUGCAGCUGGAUGUACAGGAUGCAGAUUCUGUGGCUGCAGCCAAGGCACGAGUGACCGAGGGCCGCGUGGACGUGUUGGGUGAGCCUCCCCAAAAUGCCUGCCAGAGCCUUCCCUGCCCUGUGUCCAAACCUAGGUGUCCCGAGGCCCAGGGAGCACCAGGACCCCGGCUGGGGCGGAGGGCAGUGCGGGAGGCACAAGGGGUUAGACCUCUCCUCGCAGUGUGCAACGCUGGUCGGGGCCUGCUCGGGCCGCUCGAGGUGCACUCAGCUGACGCCGUGGGCUCUGUGCUGAACGUGAACUUGGUCGGGACAGUGCGGGUGCUUCAGGCCUUCCUGCCGGACAUGAAGCGCCAGCGAUCAGGACGCAUAUUGGUCACCGGGAGCAUGGGAGGCUUGAUGGGGAUGCCCUUCAACGAUGUUUACUGUGCCAGCAAGUUCGCGAUCGAAGGUUUAUGUGAGAGUCUGGCGGUUCUGCUGCUGCCCUUUGGGGUCCAUGUGAGCCUCAUCGAGUGCGGCCCUGUGCGCACCGCCUUCCAGGAGAAGUUCCAGGACGGCCUCAGCGUGGUGCUGGACAAUGUAGACGCCCAAACCCAAAACCUCUUCUCCCAAUAUCAGCGCCACAGCAAGCAGGUCUUCCGCGAGAAGGCGCAAGACCCAGAGGAGGUGACAGAGGUCUUUCUCACCGCGCUGCGCGACCCGCAGCCCGCCCUGCGCUACUUCAGCUCCAAGCUCAUCCUGCCCAUGGUGCAGCUGCGCCUCGCUGACCCCAGCGGCUGCAGCUACGUUGCUGCCAUGCACCGCUUAGUGUUCAGUGACAAGCCCACCACCACCGGUCCCGACAGUGCCCCAACCGAGGCCGGAGCUGGAACUGGGGGACCCUGAGCUCGGCGCUCCUCCAGGUGCCCCGCAAUAAAGGCCUGGUCCCCAUGGUC